AGAUUUACCGAGAUCUCGUGUACACGAACAACAGUGUUUUGCUAUCAAGAUGGCUGACGAGUAUGAUGAACCAAUCUCUGACCAGGAAAAGCUGAGGAUUGCUUCAAACUUUAUUCUCCAUGCUCCUCCAGGAGAAUUUAAUGAAGUAUUCAAUGAUGUAAGGAUUUUGGUGAACGAUGACAAUCUUCUGAAGGAAGGAGCCUCUGGUGCUUUUGCCCAGUACAAUAGGGACCAGUUCACACCAUGCAAAGUGGAAGGAUCUGAUUUCCAGACACUUAUUACAGAAUAUGGAGACAGGGGUUCUGGGCGAUUUUUUGAUCCAAGAACCAAACAGUCAUUUAGGUACGAUCAUUUACGGAAAGAGGGAAAUGAGUUUCAAACUGUUGAAAUUGAUAAACGAGCAGAACCUUGGCGGGUGGAGGUAGAAAAUGCGAUGACUACGUAUGUGCAGAGCCACUACCCACAUGGUGUGUGUGCUGUGUAUGGCAACUCCUCCGAUAGCAACAUCACUUUGAUUGCCUGCAUCGAGAGCCACCAAUUUCAGCCCCGCAACUUCUGGAAUGGUCGCUGGCGAUCACAGUGGUCCAUUACAUUCCCAGAAUCUGGAGGCUCUGCUGAAGCAACUGGUUUACUUAAAGUGCAGGUUCACUACUAUGAAGAUGGCAAUGUCCAAUUAGUCAGUUCUAAGGAAAUAAAAGAAAAUGUGAAAGUUACGAAAGAGCAACAAACAGCUAAGGCAUUUGUGACCCUGAUUUCUGAGGCUGAAAGUGAAUAUCAGAGAGCCUUGUCGGAGAACUACCAGACCAUGUCAGAUACAACUUUUAAGGCCCUGCGUCGUCAGUUGCCUGUCACACGAACCAGAAUUGACUGGAACAAGAUACUGGGCUACAAAAUAGGCGGGGAACUAAAGAACAAUUAAUGCCCUUAUCGGCAGUCUCUGUGCACAUAUUACUUCUAGUUACUCUUGUACUUUGUUUGUGUAACUGCUCAUCACAUUGGCAUUUCACUUGGUCCUUGUACCACGUGGCAUGGCAAUAGCAGAUUGAAAUUCUCCUUUACAUUUUCAUCCACCAUUUUGCAACUUGCUAUAUCAAAGACUUGUCAUUCUUAUAGCUGUUCAUGCUGAAAUAACUGUUUAUUCUUUUCUAAAUUUCCAAAUUUUUUGUCAUGUUUAUUUUCAGCUCCAUGUAUUCUUUGUAUAUUGGAAAUGGAUAUGAAUGGCACGUCUAAGUCUUAAACAGCUUAAGACUGAAUGAUCAGGCUCGAAUGCAUGUUCAGAGAAUACUUUCUGUAGACGAUGGCACACAAGUUGGUGUGUAAGUGCAUUAAAAUACAUAUUGUACAGCAUCUUUAUUGGUCAGAUUAUCUUUGUUUCUAAGAAACCAGUCAUCCUGGAUCUCGGUGCUUGUUUUUCUAACAAAGAUUUAUUUGAUGCUGGGAUCAUUUGGGGCAAGAGCAAAGCAAAUUACAAUAACAAAAAUUGUUUUAUCAUAAAAUAAAAUGUGCCACUCUUAAGACUGCACAAUAUCUGUGGUCUUGGUUUGGGAAGUAAACCAAAGUAAGUGUUGUGUAAUGCUGCUGAGAGCUCUAACUGUAAAGAUGCUUUUUUUCCCCAUUUUGUAAGGCUGGUAAUCUGCUUGAGAUGCUCAUUGUCAGAUAUUUUUCCAUCUUGCUCUUGGCUGGGUAGUGGAAUUGAUGGGCAGGCUGUUGCCAACUCUGCUAAAAGCUCCAGGUGUCUGGCCAUUUUAUUUAUGCAUUUUACCAAGGAUAUGCCAUCUUUGACAAGGCUCAUUUUAGUUUAAGUUCUGCUUUAUUCUUUUCAGCUUUGGCUUGAGUGAGCAUUACGUUUUUUUUCAGGGAUGGGGGUGUCCACCGAUAUUUUUAAUCUUUAUUGUUUUGGGUAUAUUUCAUUCCAGCGAUGAGUAAACGCACCAUGUUAAUGGACACAAUGUUAUCCUUGGUGGUGGCCAUCAAUUCUCAGGGCCCGUCAUUCAUCUUUGUGGAUCUUCUGGUAGUAGUUCACUUUUGCUGGCAUCUAUUUCUUGAUCUAUUCUCUUUGAUGGAAAAAUGGUGAGUGCCAGUUCAGUCACAGUGUAGGCCUUUAAACUUCUUACAGAAGAGUUCAGCAUAACUUAUUUUCUGGUAAUCACAUGAAGAUUUCAUUUCUGAGUUUUGCCACAAAGGCAAGAGGAUGUCAUUGGUGCAGUUGCUGCUUCAAGAGACAGAAGAGGGAAAUAUUCACAUCAAGUUCCUAGUUGAAUAGGUCGUCAUGUAGUAAUCAACCGCAAUACAUGCUGAAUUUGGAACAGUGUGCAAAGUUUUUAGUGUGUAAUGGUCACGAAGAAGUUUAUUUACUGAGGUAGUGAUAUGCAUCCAGUUUCAUUUCAACUCUUGAUACCCCUUUUGUAUCUAUGAUGUCCAUCCUGCCUUUGUAUGUCCAAUAAUGUGAUGCUGUUUUCUCCCAUGUCUUUUAAAAUAUUUUUCAGCAGAGAGCAACAGAAGCAACCUUCCAAAUAUUUUUCAGCUUUGUAGAUUCAGAUGUUAAACGAUGUUCAGCUACUCCUGUAUCACAUAUACACAUACCUAGAGCACUGUGGCUCAGUAACAGUAUUGAAAACAUUUCACACAGCAUUUUAUUUUCACCUGACUUAUUUAUUAUUUCAGGUGUGAACAAAGAGGAUAAAAUCCAAACUAUAUUGCAGUGGUAGAUGAUGGAGAGAGUAAAUUCAGCUCAAAAUAUAACACAGUUCACUUAAGUUGAACUUUUGGAGAUGCUCUCUUUUUGUUAAUACUACUUAAUAAAACAGAUGUUCAUUAGAGCUUCUGUGAAUAUGGUGUGGGUGUGUUUAUGUUCAUCAUGCUUGAAACCUAGUUCAAGAUCAGAGAAGGUAAAAUCUCUUUAAAUUUGGGCAUUUAGUCACCUCUUCAUUUGACAGAUGUGCAUGGAAAUGCUGACAAACCCUGCAGGGCUUUUUUGAUAACAAAGAUUAUUUAAGUACAGCAGUUCAGGUACAUAACUUCUUUCUGCUUUAAAGCCUAGAGGGUUCUAGCACGGUGCAGAUGUAGAGAAAGUCUGGCUUGUGCUGGUAUUGCCAAAUCUUCAUGCACAUUAAAUGUGGUCUUGCCUUUGUCA